CCGCGUGCGCUAUGCUAAUCGUGGGGCUGCCGUUGCCGUUGCUGCCCGCCCCCCCUCGCGUUUCGAGCCCCCUUCUCUCUGCCCUGUUGCUCUCCAUCUCUUCAUUCCAUUUCAUCCCCCCGCCCGACGGCACGGAGGUCGUUGCGCCGCGCGAACCUCCCGAUGUCUGGGCCGGGGGCACUGCGCCCACGGACUCGUGGAGGCGUCAGGUGACACGUGUGGAAAGGAUCACGCGUGGGGCCACCCUGAUGAGCUGCAAGUGGCGAUGUAGUCGGCCCGGCGCCUGCGAAGGACAACCCCCGUCCCCAGAUGCACCCCUCUCCUCGAGUGGCAGCGUGCCGCGCGGUGGGCCUCCCCGCCAGACCGCCCGCGCCGCGGGAGGGCGAACGGCUUCCGUCUUUGGGCCGGGGCGGGGCCCUGCGAGACAGCACGCGGGCCCGAUCCGCAGCAGGAGGGGCGCAGGAGGCGCGGCAGGCCACCGCACCGAGGCGCAACCGAAACGAGGCAGCGGGCCACCCUUGCUGGGACCUGGGUGAAGUACGCAGUGGUGGGGGGGGAGGGGGGGGGGCGAGCAUUGCCCAUCGGCCCCCACACCAUCGGCAGGGCGACCAUGACUGCAUAGGAACCUCGAGCGGCGAGCCGAGCACCGCGGCCCAGUGCAGCGCAGAAGAGGCGCCUGGCCCAACGGGGAGCACGCGGCCGAUGCCGACCACCCUGAGCCGAGGAGCACGGCCAUCCCCUGGGGGCGCAUCCUGCAAGGGCGCCGAACUUCGCGCCCCGUGCCGCGCGAAGCGCGAGAAGGACUCCGCGCCCUCGCGCCGCCCCUCGGGGGAGGACGGGAGGAGGAGGAGGAGGAGGAGGAAGAGGAGGAGGAGGAAGGGGAGGGGGAGGAGGAGGAGGUCCUCCCAGGGGCCUUCCGCCCCGGAUCCGUCUCCGACGGAGGAGGAGGAGCAGCAGGAGAACGCCAAAGAGGUAAGUCCGGGCAUCGACUCGAAAUGAAGUCCAAGGGCCAAAGGAAUGUGGCAUCGCAUGCCGCAAACCUUCAUGGGAUGACUGCGACGGUUGGCGAUGUUUUUUUCACGUUGCGCAUUGGGAACACAACAGCCCUAGGAGGCAGGCCGGUUCAAGGUCCCACCUCUUUUUGUUCUGUUUUUUGGUUAGGGGCUGCUCUUUAAAAUGCGGGUGAUGCUCCGCGCCGCCAUCACAAAACAAAGCUACGCGCAGGCACCCAACAGAAAGAGGCACGGUGUGACAGAACUCCAAUUCUGAUUGUGUGCGGAACGGGGUUCGCCCGUGCGACGUCGUGAAGUGAUACUACUAGGGCUACCGAGAGAAGCAGUCUUCGGCCGAGAAGAGGAAGAGGAGGAGGAGGAGGAGGAUAAAAACGGAGACCAGCAAGCCGGGGUGCAGAGCGGCAUGGCCCUCAACCUGC